AUGAUUGGUAAAAUUAUGUUUUGGAACAUUAGGUCAGUAAAAUCUCAAAAUUCUUUUGAAAGAUUACUGAACCUAAAUAACAAACAUCAAUACUCAUACAUUGCUUUACUAGAACCUUUUCAAAGUUCAUCAGAGUUGGAAAAGUACAGGAGAAGGCUUGGGAAAAAGCAUGCCAAAGUUAGCUGUUCUUCUAAGAUUUGGUUGUUCUGGGAUGAGGAUUGGGAAGAACAAGAUUGUGUUGACACAGUGCAGCAAAUUACUAUCUCCCUAAAACAUAGAGAUAGCAAUGCUUAUAUCAAAGUUACAGCAGUUUAUGCAAGAUGUAGUGCCCUGGAAAGAUUGGAAUUGUGGGAGGACCUUGAAGGGAUUGCUAACGAUACACAGGUUCCUUGGAUGGUAGAGGGAGACUUUAAUACUAUAACAGAUGAAUCAGAGAAGCUGGGAGGUCUGCCAGUCUCACAACUUGAAGUGGAAGAUUUUGUUCAAUGUAUUAGUGUUUGUGCAUUGAAUGAAAUAAAAUUCUCAGGAAGCAGAUACACUUGGUGGAAUGGUAGGAUAGAGUCUGACUGUAUUUUCAAAAGGCUAGACAGAGUCUUUGUGAAUAAUGAGUUCAUAAAUGAGUUGCAAAAUACAGAAGUACAACAUUUGAUCAGAGAAGGUUCAGAUCAUGCCCCUUUACAUGUUACUUGUAGCACUUCUCAUGAGCAUUUGUUCAAGCCUUUCAGAAAUAUAGCAGAUAGAGGCAACAGGCUCCCCCUUCACAGUGCUACAGACCAAGUUGAAAAGAGUAAAAUCAGCUUUGGUCAAGUGGAGCAAGACCACAUUUGGAAAUAUUUUCCAACAGGUUGCAACACUGGAAGANUCAAGACCAAAGAAAUUCAGCUGGAAAUCAACCAAUCAGGAGAAAAUAGAACUGCACUGAAGAUGGCUGAAGCAAAAUUAAAAAGAUAUCUGCACAUUGAGGAAGAUUAUUGGAAGCAGAAGGCAGGUAUGAAAUGGUUUCAAGAAGGUGACAGAAACACUAAGUUCUUUCAUGCUUAUGUGAAGGGUAGAAGAAGAAGGUUGCAAAUCUCAGAGAUAAAGACCAGACAAGGGGAUAUUAUUACCAGCACACAGAAUAUUGGGGAAGAGGCAGUGAAUGUGUUUGAGGAACAAUUCAUGGACACCAAUGCACCAUCAGAUUACUCUAUGCUGGACAGUAUUCCAAAACUGAUUACAGAUGAACAGAAUGAAGAAAUGGGUAAUGUACCUACGGAGGAGGAAAUUAAAGAAGUGGUUUUUGCUUUAAAUGGAGAUAGUGCAAGUGGUCCAGAUGGAUUUUCAGGGCAAUUUUUCCAAAGCUGUUGGGAUAUUGUUAAAUGGGACAUUGUCAACAUGGUUAAAGCUUUUUUCUGUGGUCAGGAGCUUCCAAGGUAUAUAACUCAUACUAACCUAGUCCUUAUCCCUAAAAAAGAGGUGGUUGAUAAUUUUGGUGAUUUGAGGCCUAUUAGUCUUAGCACAUUUAUUAACAAAAUCAUAUCAAGACUGCUGCAUGAAAGGUUAGUGAAAGUGCUUCCUAACAUUAUCCCUCAGAAUCAAGCAGGAUUUUUGAAAGAGAGGAGCAUUGUUGAGAAUGUUCUCCUAGCACAGGAAAUCAUUAGAGAUAUCAAUAGAAGAAAUAAGCUUCACAAUGUGGUGGUGAAAUUGGACAUGGCUAAGGCAUAUGACAGAGUGUCAUGGAUCUUCCUCACUAAGGUGCUUAGAAAAUUUGGAUUUUCAGAAAGGAUUAUUGACAUGGUGGUAAGGUUAUUAACAAACAAUUGGUACUCAGUGAUUGUGAAUGGCCAGUCAUUUGGAUUCUUCCAAUCCUCAAGAGGUUUGAAACAAGGGGACCCACUUUCUCCAACUCUGUUCAUCAUAACAGCAGAGGUAUUGGCCAGGAGUCUCAACCAGCUACACAAGGAUCAGAAGUACAAAGGUUUUGGUUUACCAAAGUGGAGCCAAGAGAUCAAUCACUUGAGUUAUGCUGAUGAUACUAUACUGUUCUGUUCAGGUCAGUCAUACUCAAUGAAGAAAAUGAUGAAGGUAUUGAUUGAUUAUGAAAAGGUGUCUGGACAAAUGGUAAAUUUAGACAAGAGUCUGGUCUAUAUGCAUGAAAAGGUACCACUUGGAGUAUGUAAUCAAAUAAAAAGAAUUACAGGAAUAAAACAAGGUUCAUUUCCUUUCACUUAUCUUGGCUGCCCCAUUUUCUAUGGGAGGAAGAAAAAUGCCCACUUUGAGAUGCUGAUCAAUAAGGUGAUAAAGAGAUUAAGUUCCUGGCAGAACAGGUUACUCUCUUUUGGGGGAAGGUAUGUCCUAAUAGCUCAUGUUCUUCAGUCAAUGCCUAUAUAUGUUCUUUCGGCUAUGAAUCCACCAGAUGGUGUAAUCAAACAGCUACAUAGAAUCUUUGCAAAAAUUUUUUGGGCUAAUACAGCUGGAGCUAAGAACAAGCACUGGGUUGCAUGGCACAAUAUAUGCUACCCCAAAAAGGAAGGAGGAUUGGGAUUGAGGUCAUUACAUGAUGUUUCAAAAGCUCUUUUUGCUAAACUGUGGUGGAAGUUUAGAACUUCUACUGACUCUUUGUGGGCUUCAUUUAUGUGGAACAAAUAUUGUAAGAAAUUGCAUCCAAUUAUUGCUCAGGGAUAUGGGGCCUCCCAUGUUUGGAGGAAAAUGAUAGCAAUAAGGGAAGAAGUGGAGCAUGAAAUAUGGUGGCAGAUUAAGGCUGGUAACUCUAGUUUCUGGUUUGAUAAUUGGACUAAACAAGGUGCUUUAUAUCAUAUAGAGGAAAAUGCUAAGGAAGAAGAGGUGGAAGUGAAGGAAUUUAUUACAGAAUCAGACUGGGACAAAGUGAAGUUAUUGCAGCAUCUCACUACUGAAAUGACUGAGUAUAUAAUGGAGAACAUUUCACCUCCAAAAUCACAGUCUGGCAAUGAUGUGGCUUGGUGGAUGGCAAAUACUCAAGGAAGAUUCAAUGUCAAGACAGCAUGGGACAUGAUGAGAAGGAAACAAGAACCCAGAAGAGAUUUUGAGCUAAUCUGGCAUAAGGGGUUGCCAUUUAAGCUUAAUUUUUUUAUAUGGAGGGUCUGGAAAAGGAGGAUUGCCACAGAUGAUAAUCUAAAGAAGAUGAAAAUCAAUAUAGUGUCCAGAUGUUGGUGCUGUGACAGAAAGGAGGAGGAAACAAUGUCUCAUUUAUUCCUAACAGCCCCCAUAGCCAAUAGGCUAUGGAGGUAUUUUGCUCAUUUUGCAGGAAUUAACAUAAAAGGAAUGCACUUACAACAAUUAAUAAUCACUUGGUGGAAAGAUGAGUCAACUCCUAAGCUGCACAACAUAUACAGAGCAAUGCCAACAAUUAUCAUGUGGAGCUUAUGGUUAAGGAGAAAUGCUAUCAAACAUGGCAGUGCCAACAGCUGGGAAGGGAUGAUGGAUAUGAUAAUGGAAUUGGUCAGGCAGCUAGUGAAGACACAAUUUCCAUGGAUCAAAAAAAUGACAUGGUCUUGGAGGGAAGUAAUUUGCAGACUCACACAAUACAAACCAAAGAUACAUGUUUUAGGUGUCACAUGGAGACCUCUUGAAGAUCACCAAGUAAAGUGUAACACUGAUGGGGCAAGUAGAGGCAAUCCUGGUAUGAGUUCUAUUGGAUUUUGUAUAAGAGAUACUAGAGGAGACCUUAUUUACGCUUUAGCAAAAGGUAUUGGUAUUGCUACUAAUAUUGAAGCAGAAACUAUUGCCAUACUUUAUGGUCUGAGAGAGUGUAAGAGUAGGCGAUUUCAGAAUGUAAUUAUUGAGACUGAUUCACUCAGUCUCAAGAAGAUCAUUCAGAAAGCUUGGAGGGUGCCAUGGGAAUUAGCAGAAAAGGUGGAAGAGAUUAGGGAAAUUAUGCAGCAGAUCAGUGCAACAAUCACACAUAUUUUCAGAGAAGGUAAUGAUUUGGCAGACUCUUUGGCUAAUGUAGCCAUGGAAUCACAAUCUGAGCAUCAAUAUCUCAGGUUCCAUGAGUUGCCACUGAAGGAAAGAAGGAUCCUAAAUGUAGAAAAAGCACAAAUCCCAACACUCAGAAUAAGGACUCGUAAAAUCAUUCCUCAAUGA